GUCCCACCAACCACCCCCGAGCCCCCCAGCCGGACCCAGGAGCCCCCCGGGACCCCCAGGCCAUGCCGUGGCCACCUCCGUCCACUCUGCCCGACGCCCCCUUCCCCAACCGGGCUCUGGCCGCGCUGGCCGCGCUGGCCGAAGCUCUGCUGGCCCCCGGCUACUGGGCACUGGACCAUCUGCUGUCCCUGCGGCCCACCACGGCCCAGCGGGCGAGCCGGCGGCGCCACCGGGCCGGUCACUGCCUGGCCGUGGCCAGCGGGCUGGCGGCGGCGGCGGCGCUGGUUCUGCUGGUUCUGCUGGCGCUGCCGCCGGCGCUGCUGGGCCUGGCGCUGUGGCUCCCGGCUCAGGCCAAACGCCGGUCAUUCGUCCAGCAGCGCGCGGCCGGAGCGGCCGCGCCGCGGCCGUGGGACGCGCGGACACCCAGAGGUUUCACCUUCCUGAGCGCCAACGUGUGCCUGAUGCCCGACGGCCUGGCCAGGUUCAGCAACCUCGGACACGGCCGGCGCAGAGCGGCGGUCAUCGGCCGGACACUCAGCGGCGGUCAGCGGCCGGCGGCCGGAGAGGCCGAGGGAGGUUCUGGGUGUCGCCAGGGGUUGCUGGAGAUGGGGCGUGGGAAGGGGGGAGGUUACGGGGGGACGGCGGCUCGGGGGGGACGCGCCGGGGUGGACGCACGGACGGCGGGCGGUCAGUCGGAGGUUGAGGGCAGCGUGGGGGUGUGGCCGGAGGUGGUGGUGGACAGCACAGUGAUGGACAGCACAGUGGUGGACAACACAAUGGUGGACAACACAAUGGUGGACAACACAAUGGUGGACAACACGAUGAUGGACAGCACGAUGAUGGACAACAUGAUGAUGGACAACACAAUACCGAUGACCAACCCAAUGAUGGACAACCCAACAAUGACCAACCCAACACCGAUGACCAACCCAACAAUGACCAACCCAACAAUGACCAACCCAACACUGAUGACCAACCCAACGAUGACCAACCCAACGAUGACCAACCCAACGAUGACCAACCCAACAAUGACCAACCCAACGAUGACCAACCCAACGAUGACCAACCCAACAAUGACCAAUCCAACGAUGACCAACCCAACGAUGACCAAUCCAACGAUGACCAACCCAACGAUGACCAACCCAACACCGAUGACCAACCCUCGGCCAAGCGCUGACUCUGCACCCACCCCGGCACCCUCCCCAUCUCCGAGGCCGGAGCGGCCGAUCCCGCUGCCCGACCCCAUGCCGCCGGUGCUGACCGCCCGCGUCCCGCCGGACACCGACUUCCUGUGCCUCCAGGAGGUGUUCGACGCCGCCGCGGCCGCCGCCCUGCGCCGGCAGCUGGGCCGCCGUUUUCCCUACGUGCUGUGGGGGGUGGGCCCGGGGGGGCUGCGCUGCGGCCGGCUGCGGGUGAUGGGCAGCGGCCUCCUCCUGGCCAGCCGCUUCCCGCUGACCGCCGCCCGCUUCCACCCCUUCCCCGUGGCCGCCCACGAGGACGCGCUGGCCAACAAGGGGCUGCUGGUGGCCCAGGUGCUGCUGGGGACGCGGCAGGGCCGGAGGGUCGUGGGGUACCUGGGCUGCACCCACCUGCAGGCGCCCGCGCCCGAUGCCACCAUCCGUGACCAGCAGCUGUCCCUGUCCCUGCGCUGGCUCCGGGACUUCCGUGGGGACCAGGAGCAGCCGGGGGACCUGGUGGCCUUCGAUGUCCUCUGUGGGGACCUCAACUUCGACAACUGCUCCCGGGGUGACGCCCAGAACCAGCAGCACCCCCUGUUCCAGGAGUUCUGGGACCCCGCGCGGCGCCGGCCCGGACAGGACCAGCCCUGGGCCAUCGGGACGCUGCUCAACUGCCUCAAGAUCUACGAGGAGCCGGUGUCCAACCCUGAGGAGAUGGAGAGGACACUGUCCGAGCCGUGGGGUCGUGGUCAGUUCCUGGCCGGUCCCAUCCUGUCCAGCGGAGCUCCGGACCCGAUGGCCGAGCGGCCGUGGCAGGGCCGGAGAGUGGACGUGGUGCUGCUGCGGAGGGACCCGGCACUGCCCACUGAGGUCACCGGCUUCUCGGUCAUCACCCAGCUGGCCACACUGAGUGACCACCUGCCCGUGGCCUUGCGCCUGCGCGUGGGGCCCGCUGACCCCUGACCCCGGCAUGGCCACGGCUCCGGCC